AUGAAGUCUCUCCAAGCCCUCCUUCUCCUUGCCAUUGCCUUCCGCCGAGCUUUUGGCGAGCUCACCUACAGCGUCACUGGAACAUCUCACGGCAAACCCAUCCCACCGUCCGAUAUAGUCUUCAAGCGGAAAGAUCCAAGUCUUCACCGCCUCAACCGAGGCUCAACUGCUGAAUCCAAAACAGAGGCACCAACUCAACCUCAGAACCAAAAGGCAAGACGUCAAAGCCUAGCCAACCCGAUCUAUUACAGCGACAACUGGUGCGGGGCCGUCCAGUCCGGUAACUCGGCAAACAAGGUCACCAGCGUGCAUGCCUAUUUCCAAGUCCCUACGGUGCUCGGGAGACAGCCGGGCAGUGUAAGCUCCCCUCCUGUUGACUAUGUUGCGGCAUGGGUGGGCAUUGAUGGAGCGACAUAUGGAGGGGCGUUGUUGCAGGCAGGGGUUACGAGCCAGCUCGGGACAGACGGGGUCCAAAGUCAUUGGGCUUGGCUGGAAUGGAUUCCUGACGCGGCUUACAAUAUUCCGUCAUUCCCUGGUAACAACAUCAGGAGCGAUUCAACCUCGUACAACAUACCCCUCGUCAACGGGACUCCCCUCGGCCAAGUCGACGCCGAGUGGAUCGUCGAGGCCCCUUCAGCCGUUGGCUAUGGUAGGGUCCCAUAUUCGAGGUUUGCCGACGUCUGGUUCGAGGACUGUUCCGCAACAACAGCAAAUGGAACUACAAAGGGCGUUGAUGGGGCGACCAUGUAUUUCUGGUCUUCUGAUAAGUGCGUGUCGUUCGAGUAUGAUAAUGGGGAUUUCUGGGUGCAAUCUGCCACAACGUAG